AUGUGGAUCGUUUCGCUGAGCGCAAUUUUCGGGACCGCCUUGGCGCUCGUUUUGGCUUUCUUAUUGACGAGGAAGAGCGAUGGACGUGGAAAAGCAGGAUUGGUUCCAGGCCCAAGAGGUUUUCCGAUUCUCGGACACUUGCCCUUCAUGAGGAAAGGCAUUCUGGGUGGCAAGUGCGUGGAAUGGGCGAAGAAAUAUGGUCCUAUUUUCAGAAUAAAGGUCGGAGUGGUAGACAUAAUCAUGCUCAACGAUUAUCCGUCAAUCGAAAAAUUCCUGUGCGAGAAAGAAGUUCUCUACCGCCCUGAAAACAUGGUGUUCUGCGACAACGAAAUCACCGGAUUGGCUACCCUAAACGGACAGGCGUGGCUGGACAACAGGCGCAUCUGCAUUCGCGUUCUCCGUGAUAUGGGUUUUGGAAAGAAGCCCAUGGAGGAGCACAUCAAGGAAGAGUCCCGGCACCUGGUCAAGAGGCUAGAAGGAACCGACGGCUCUGCCGUCCUAGUACAAGGGCACGUCGCCGCGAGCACGUCCAACAAUGUGUCGGCGCUGGUGUUCGGCAGCCUCUAUGACUUCGAAGACCCUAGACGGAAGGCCAUGGUCGAAAAUUUGGAGGAAUUUAUGAAGGCGUUAGGCACGGGCGCCAUGAUCGAGUUCUUUCCCGAAUGGAUCAGGGCCGUAGUUAUGGCUCUCCCUUUCGCGAGAGUCGUCGCCAUCAAGAAAGUCAUUAGGAACCUUAUAGAGCUCACCAGGUAAGGUCAUC